AUGUCGAUUUUUAUAACAACCCAUUCAUUAUCUUGUGCCACACUUGAAGAGAGAAUGAAGAAAAGCCUUUUGUUGACGUUUACUUUGGCAGCAUGUCUGCUAAUCAGUCAAGUGCAGGCUCAAGCUACUGUGGCUAUAAAUGUUGGAGGAAGUACAAUCACUGUCGCGUCAAGCGAUAUUAACACAAUUUUGGCAAUAGUGGCAGCACUGCAGACAACAACCACCACCGUCGCAGGUGCAACCACGACAACCGUUGCAGCCACGACAACUGUUGCACCAACCACGACAACCGUUGCUCCAACCACUACAACAACUGUUGCACCAACCACUACAACAACGGCUGCACCAACGACGACGACAACUACAGCAGCACCAACAACAACAACCACUGCUGCCCCAACAACGACGACUACUACGGCUGCCCCAACAACGACGACUACUACAGCAGCGCCAACAACUACUACAACUACAGCAGCACCAACAACUACAACUACGGCUGCUCCAACUACGACCACAACCACGGUUGCGGCAACGACUACUACAACUGUAGCUGCAACUACUACGACAGUGGCUCCUAUUACCGUAACUGUCACCGUCAACGGAGCUACUGUUUCUGUAUCAUCUACCAAUAAUUCUUUGGUGAAUGUAGUGCUUCAACUUAUCUCGAGUUUGACAGCAACGACUACUACGACCGCAGCCCCAACGACUACCACCACGGCGGCAACUACUACGACUACUGCUGCAGCAACGACCGCAGCUACUACGACGACUGUCGCUGCAACGACAACUACCACUGCUGCUCCAACAACCACAACGACUACUGCAGCCACUACUACGACCACUACUACGGUAGCUCCAACCACCACGACCACUACCGUUGCGCCGACCACAAGCACAACGACUACCGCUGCAACAACAACCACUACCAGGCGAACGUGCGGUACACAUUUGGGAGGAGGUAUCGGUAUUGUAGGUGGGCUCGGUCCGCUCGGCUUUGGAUUGGGCGUUCGAGGUGGAAUUGGCGGCUUUGGAGCACCACAAGUCGGAGGAUUCGGAAUCCUGCCAGCUGUUGGCAACGUUGCCCGCACCCUUGUUGGCACUGGCUUGAACGUGGUUGGAUCUGCAGCUAAUUUAGCUGGAAAUGUAGUUGGUGCGGUUGGUAACGUAGCGGGCGGGUUGCUGGGUGGAUUGAGCAAUGCUGCCACUGGAAUCAGCAGUGGAUUAAACACGGGGGUGAGCGCUGGUUUAAGCGCCAGAGUUGGAGGUGGUUUCGGUGGACAUCAUCAUGGAGGCCGCUUUGGAGGAAGCUUUGGUGGAGGGAUCCGCGCCGGUCUAAUGGGUUAA